UAUUUUGCUUCCUCCAAUUCAUUCUCUUUGUUUAGUUUAAAGAGACCAACCCCUUUGCCUCUUCUCCUCUACAACUUCCCUUCCAUUCAACCACAACACUUGGCACAAGGAGGCGAGGGAAGAAAAAUGAAGUCGAGGAACGAGAAUAACAGUAACAACAACAACAACAACAAUAGUUGGUUGGGAUUCUCUCUGUCGCCCCACAUGAAAAUGGAGCUCACCACUCCCUCUGAUCCUCACACUCACUCCUACAAUAACUCCUCCUCUGCUGCUGCUCCUCCUCAUCCUCACACUCCCACAAGCUUCUACUUGUCCCCUCAUUUCAACAACUCCUCUGAAUUUUUCUACCCCCAGAAUCCCAAUCCCCCUUCUCUCUCCGUCAUGCCCCUCAAAUCCGACGGCUCUCUCUGCAUCAUGGAGGCCCUCUCCAGAUCCCAAACCCAAGGUAUGGCGCCGAAGCUGGAGGACUUUCUCGGGGGGCGUGGCUAUUUCAAUCAGAAUGCGGAAUCGGAGCCCGAGAGGGAGCAUUCAUUGAAUAGACACCAGAAUCAAGACCACCACAUUUUAAUCCACAAUUCCCAUCAUUACUAUCCUGGAUUGGUUCCUAAUUCCGUUGCUGCAAUUGGAAGCUGCCAUCCCCAAAUCCCCCAGAUUCCCUCCGAGGACGACGAAAUCCCCUGCCUUACCAACUGGGUCUCUCGUCCUCACUUCAAUAAUCAUCAUCAUCCUCUGGUGGACCACCACAUCGCCGCCGGCGUCAAUGACGGCGCCGGAAUGACCUGCGGGGAUCUCCAGUCGCUUAGCUUGUCGAUGAGCCCCGGUUCUCAAUCCACCUCUUUCCCGGCUUCCGGCCAGAUCUCCCCCACCGGAGUAGACGCCUCCGCCGCCGCCUCCGCCGUUGAAACUAAGAAAAGAGGCCCCGGAAAGCUCUGCCAGAAGCAGCCCGUUCACCGCAAAUCCAUUGACACGUUCGGCCAGAGAACCUCCCAAUAUCGUGGCGUCACCAGGCAUAGGUGGACUGGGAGAUAUGAAGCUCAUUUAUGGGAUAAUAGCUGCAAGAAAGAAGGCCAAACCAGGAAAGGAAGACAAGUUUAUCUUGGUGGAUAUGAUAUGGAAGAAAAAGCUGCAAGAGCUUACGACCUUGCUGCCCUCAAGUACUGGGGACCCUCCACCCAUAUAAAUUUUCCACUGGAGAAUUACCAGACUGAACUUGAAGAAAUGAAGAACAUGAGCCGCCAGGAAUACGUUGCUCACUUGAGAAGAAAAAGCAGUGGCUUUUCGAGGGGCGCUUCAGUUUUCCGUGGAGUUACAAGACAUCACCAACAUGGAAGAUGGCAGGCGAGGAUUGGGAGAGUUGCCGGAAACAAAGACCUCUAUCUUGGGACAUUUAGCACGCAAGAGGAAGCGGCUGAGGCAUAUGACAUAGCAGCAAUCAAAUUCCGCGGUGUAAAUGCAGUCACCAACUUUGACAUUUCCAGAUACGAUGUCGACAGAAUCAUGGCCAGUAAUACCCUUCUGGCCGGAGAUCUUGCUAGAAGGAACAAGCAAAUCGAGCCCGGUAAUGAGGCUGCCGCAGCCCCCGCGCCCCUCGGUUUCGACUCGUCGACCACGCAGAACAACAAUGCCGGGAUCAAUCCUGACGAGGCCAGCAAUGGCGCCAAUGGGAAUGGUAGUACUGAUUGGAAGAUGGCAUUGUAUCAAAACCAGCAGCAGCAGCAGGCUGCUACUUGUGUUGCUGAAUCACUUGACCAUCACAAGUCCUCCAUGACAGCUGCAUCGGGGAGCUAUCGAAACGCGUCGUUUUCGAUGGCGUUGCAGGACUUGAUUGGGAUCGAAUCGAUGAACUCGAAUAAUAAUAAUAGUCAUGGCAUUGAUGAUGAUGUAGGCUGCAAACAAGUGACUCAUUUUUCGAAUUCGUCGUCUCUGGUGACAAGUUUGAGUAGCUCAAGAGAAGGUAGCCCCGACAAGACGAAUGUAUCAAUGCCGUUUGCAAAGCCCCCACCCCUGAUGGCGUCCAAGCUUAUUGGGGCAGCCACGAGCGGAGUCGGCUCGUGGUACCCGUCCCCGCCGCAGCUGAGGCCAACGGCCAUUUCCAUGGCUCAUUUGCCUGUUUUUGCAGCUUGGAACGACACUUAGAAAGAAAAAAACAAAACCCUUUUUUUCCUUUUUGUUGAUUUCCUUGCAUUUAGUUUAGAUUUAGAGCGUGAAAGCUUAGUUUUUUUUAGUUGCAUGAAGGUGAAAUGAAAAGAAAGAAAGCAAGAAAAACGAAGAUGAUGUUUGGGAGGCAAGAAAAACAAAUGGGGCUGUCGAAGGGUGGGUUUGAGAGAGGAGAUAGAAUUUUGAUGUCAGUGGGAGAAAAAUGGGGACUAAUGAAUGACACAACCAUGGGGUCCAAUUUCUGUGUCUGUAAUCCAAUUUUUUUCAAACCAAACCUUUUGGCUCCUUAUUGCAAAUGAAAGAAAGAAAGAAAAUUGAAAGAAA